AUGGCGUCGCCAAUGCCUUCAGCGCCCAUGGGUAACUGGGGGGGUAACGGCCAAGCCGUCCCACCCCCGCCGUUCACUGGCCCGGUAGAGAGUGGUGACGGCGGUGUCAUCAUCAAGACGAUGGGCCUCAAGGUCACGUACGCGUUUGCCGACAGCGGCGAGAGUUUCCUGGCGCGGUACCCCGAGCUUCUCACCGUUCGAACAGUAACGAUUGACGACAAACACACCGUCGGUAUGGUCGACCUUCAGAUGUGUGUUCGGGCUGUGGUCAAGUGUAGCCCCGAACUUCUUAGCAACGCCACCCGCGACUUCGCCGUCUACGCCUACGACUAUUCAGAGCCCGAUGAGCCCUUGGUCGGCCAGGGCCUGCUCGGCUGGAUCGUCAACAACUCGGACGGAAAACAGAUCAUUGGUCGCGCCACAAGGAAUCCCCUCUCUGCCUUUAGCAACGGUGUCAAGGAAAUCCUGGAGAUCAAGUUGAAGUUGAAGCCCGUAGCCGCCAUGGCCCAGCCCCACUACGAACCCGAGCCCCGACCCGACCUUCGACACUCUUACCAGCGCUCCGAAAGCCAUGCAAGCGUCGAGAUACAGCCCGCGAGGCCUGCCGAGGGAGCCCUCACGCCUUCGAGCCACGCCGAGUGGAACUCAUUUAUGCAAGCGAACCCCCAGAUGAACAAUCAACCUCACCCGCAAACGGCCGCAUUGCCACACCAACCAUCAAUGCACCCCGACCUACAACAUCACCAGUACUUCCAGCGUAGCAAUUCUUUUACUUAUAGCGCGCCGCAACCGCUGCCGCCGACACAGCAGCAGCAGCAACAGCAGCACCAGCAGCAAAAUCAGCCUCAACAUCCUCAGCCUCAGCCUCAGCCGCCGAUGCAAAAUUCUGAUGGUCCUAAUAGGGUGGCCCCAACCCCUGUUGACACAGCAACCGAGACCCAGGUCAACCCACCAUCCAGACCGUCAUCCAGGGCAUCCAACACAUCCAGAAAGUCGAGAGCUACGGGCCGACCGCGUGGACGUCCUAGAAAACAGCCAAGGGCCGAGAGCCAAGGCAACACUUCGGGCUAUGAGGAUGGAACCGAUGGUGAUGACGGCCCAGCCAAGAAGAAGAGGGCCACCGUCAUGACCCAAGUCACGAGCAAUAUCAAUGCCCCGUUUGGUGGCGGCCCCGAGUCCCUGCGGGUGACCGCUAGCACGGCCGGCUCAUUGCGAACCUUGAGGCCGAUGGGCAUUUCCGUCGAGGCGCCCAUGGGCUCACACAUGCAAGAUGUUCCUAGAGCACCGACACCAGUACCGGAGAGAGGCCCCAUGAUGCCGCAGACUGGCAAGCCAACCAACAGUAGCAAGCUUCGACGACAAUCGACCUUGAGCCAGGCUGCGACCCCCCCCGGCCAACCACAAUAUCCAGAGCCGCCAUUUGCCCUGUCCCCAAGCCAGCAAGACGGCCGCUCUCCCGACUCAGACGCCGUAUCUCCUGCAUACUCCGAUGACAGCCCCGCCGCUAUAGGAUCAUCACCGCCAGUCCCUCGUAACACGAGGUUUGUUCGGUCCAGUCCGCCGGCAUCAAGCCCCAUCCUUCCUCCCAUGCCAAUGCCUCAGCCGGACUCAGGCUUCAUGAGCGGAGGAGUAGAUGAUGUUUUCGAAGCCGAUGGGGCCAGACUUCAGCUUCCUAAGCCGGUCGCCUUGCCAUCUGCGCGGAGAUCAAACUCCAAUACUACGAAACAGCGGAGUGCUCAGCCACCACAAAUCCCAGUAUAUACUUUCCAUCUGGCGACGCAGCCUUCCAGUGAAAUGGACUCGGCACCGAACAACAACAACAAGCAGCAGGUUACGCCCCGGCCUCCCAUAACGACGCUGCCACUGGAGUCUUCGUUGCCUCUACAGCACGCUGCCAGCGACUCGGCAGUCACACUCCCUCCGCCUCCGCAGCCCGCGGAAAAAGAGCCUUCGCCACAACAACAGGAGCAUGUUGUGGCGGCGAACCCUGACGUCCAAACCGACAGUCAAAUCGCUCCUAAAGUUGAGGCGGGACUGCCAGGCGAAUGUCUGGACAUGGGUCUGGAAAAGCUUGCCCAAGCAGUGCGAAACAUGUCGCCAGAGACCGUUUUGCCAGAUCCACGAAUGGAUCCGGCUGUGUCCGCGACGUUUGCCAGGCCAUCUGCGCCACCUUCUCUUUCACGGUCUAAUUCCUCAGGUUUUUCGUUGGCUCUUCCUUCGGUUCCGGCCAGCGACCCCAUCGGUCCUGUCGCGUUGCCAGCUCCAGCUCUCCCACAAGCCACCUCCUUCUCGGAAGCACCCUGCCCGCCAAGCGACGCUUUGCAGCCUCCAAGAUCACCACCACAGCCUUCCAAAUCGAACAAGAACUACGUCAAGAAGCAAGCCAUCAGAGAGAAGCUCUUGCAGGCGAUCGCGAGUGGGCAGACACCCAUGUACUGCAGCAACUGCGGGGCCAUCGAAACUCCCACGUGGCGCAAGAUAUGGUCUCAAGAGCAUGAGGGCGUACCAGAGUUCACUGAAUUCUCGGAUAAACCUGGAAGGAUCACCGCCAUCUUGGUCUUGGACCGGGAUGCUGAUGAGAAGCCGAUCAGAUAUCAAAUCAUCAAGAAGACGCUGUCGCCCCACGAGGACAAGGCCGACUGGAAGGAUCACAUGCUCUGCAACCCCUGCGGCAUCUGGCUGACCAAGUGGAAGUCGCAUCGGCCACAGGACAAGUGGGAGAAGGACGGCGCUCGCCUCGGCCAGCAGAGGCGUGCCCGGGGCACCGGUCGCGCUCCACGACCGCCCAAGACGAAGAAGUCCGGUUCGGCGAAUCCACUCAAUCCGACGUCUGAGGCAUACUUCACUACGGAUCCUAUCGGACCUGACGACCGAGGAGCUUCGCCAAUGGAUGAGAGCAGAUCGCGUGGCGUUUCCCAAUUCAGCAAUGUCAACGAUGCUUCUCAGCGAUCAAUGUCCCAGUUCUCGGCAUCUCAGCCGCCGGAAUACUACGGCUCACAGCCAACGUCUCCUGGGAAUGUCUCAAACCCUGGGUCGACCCACUCUAGAGGCAGUGGCACGGCCAAGAGCCCGAUCACCAUUGACACCACCGAUGUGCAGGGUAUGGGCGCAACUCGACGACUCCUGUUUCCCUCGCCACGGAAGGGUGGCGUCUCGAAGGCACUGGGCGAGCUUGCCGUCAAUGUCGUGCAAACAGUACUCGAGCCGAACCCAUCAGUUGUAGCUGCCCAGAACAAGGAGCUUACCAUUAAGGAGCAUGGUGAGGGCGCCACGUCUUCCGGCGGCUCUGGUGCGAAUAAGGAAAAUCUUGCUGUUCCCGAAGAGGAUGCUCUCGAGGACCUCUUCAGGAGUCCCGGCCUCGCUCGUCCAUCAACGCCACCCCCUCGAGAACGGGCCGCCAACAACGGACCCUUCAAAACCCCUACCCGACCGACGCCGAGCCACCGACCCAUCACUAGAAGUGUCACUAGAAGUGUCUCGCGUUCGUUAAGGUCGGGUGAUCUGCUUCGGUCCCCCGCGGCUGUGCGCCGCACACCGACGCGGACACCCAGGUCGGUCAAGAACCCAGUCCGAAGGAGUCCUCGUCUGCAUCACGACGAGUUUACCCAGAUGGAGCUCGCCUUGGAGGAAUAUCUCCAGACGCAACCUGUCGAUCACCAAUAUGACUCUGACAUGUUGGAGGCAAUGAACCGGGCUUUGGCCGAGUCUGUGAACUCUGCCGGUUCAAACUUUGAUAUCACCAACAUGGUGCUCGAUUCGAACUGCCAGCUUGAAUUCGGCGACCUAUUAGGCCCGCCAUCGCGGCCUACCCCACGACCCGCGCGGCAACAAGCGAACGAUUAUGAGGAUUGGGAUACAUGGGAAAACAACGUCCGUACGCGUCAGACGGCAGACAAUACCAAGAACCAAUAG